CGCCGCCGCCAUGCCGUGGCCUUUCUCGGAGUCCAUCAAGAAGAGAGCCUGCAGGUACCUGCUGCAGAGGUACCUGGGCCACUUCUUGCAGGAGAAGCUCAGCUUGGAACAGCUCAGCCUGGAUCUCUACCAGGGCACCGGCUCCUUGACGCAGGUCCCUCUGGAUAAGUGGUGUCUUAAUGAGAUCCUGGAGUCUGCAGAUGCACCUCUGGAAGUCACAGAUGGAUUUAUCCAAUCAAUUUCUUUAUCUGUUCCAUGGGGGUCAUUGCUACAGGAUAACUGUGCAUUGGAAGUAAAAGGAUUAGAGAUGGUCUUCAGGCCGAGACCAAGACUGGCAUCUGGUUCUGAGCCUAUGUAUUGGUCAAGUUUUAUGACCAGUAGUAUGCAGCUUGCAAAAGAGUGUCUUAGCCAAAAACUGACAGAUGAACAAGGAGAAGGGUCCCAGCCUUUUGAAGGACUUGAGAAAUUUGCAGAAACUAUUGAAACAGUUCUAAGAAGAGUGAAAGUUACCUUUUUAGAUACUGUUUUGCGAAUAGAACAUGUGCCAGAGAACUCAAAAAGUGGAACUGCACUUGAAGUCAGAAUUGAAAGAACUAUGUACUGUGAUGAAACUGCAGAUGAGUGCUCUGGAAUAAAUGUACAUCAGCCCACGGCUUUUGCUCACAAGUUACUGCAGCUCUCAGGUGUCUCUUUCUUCUGGGAUGAGUUUCCUGCAUCAGCAAAGUCCUCCCCAGUGUGUUCAGCUACACAGCUGGCAACUGAACCAAAGCUUUCACCUAGCUGGAAUCCAAAAAUCAUUUAUGAGCCACAUCCCCAAUUAACAAGAAACUUACCAGAAAUUACUCCUUCUGACCCUGUCCAGAUCUGUAAGCUGAUUGGUAGAAUGGAGUUGAGCCUAACAUUAAAGCAAAAUGAAGUACUUCCUGGAGCUAAGUUGGAUAUAGAUGGACAAAUAGACUCUGUACAUCUAUUUCUGUCACCAAGACAGGUGCAUCUUCUUUUGGACAUGGUAGCAGCUAUUGCUGGACCAGAGAGUCUAAACAGAAUAGAAUUGUCAAAUAAAGAUAGGAAGAACCGACCAAUGCAACAGGAGGAUGAGUACCGGAUCCAGAUGGAGUUGAAACGUUAUUUAAGAAAAGAGUCUUUAUCUGCAGGAGCAUCAUCUGAACAAAGCUUCUAUGAGACAGAGAGUGCCAGAACACCUUCUAGUCGUGAAGAAGAAGUUUUCUUCUCAAUGGCUGAAAUGGACAUGUCUCACAGCCUUUCCUCCCUUCCACCUCUUGGAGACCCUCCAACCAUGGAUCUAGAUUUGUCUUUAACCAGUACAUAUACAACUACACCAGCAGGAUCUCCACUGAGCACUACAGUGCUUCAACCAACUUGGGGUGAUUUUCUUGAUCGUAACAAACAAGAAUUACAGCCUCCAAGAGGUUCUUCGCUGGCAGCCAAUAUGGUUCACCAGACUUCCUUAAGAAGGACAUCUAUUCCAUCCAGAUCUGUUUCUGUGGAUGAAUCCAGACCUGAGCUGCUUUUUAGACUGGCAGUUGGAACUUUCUCAGUGUCUGUACUUCAUAUUGACCCUUUACCCCCACCUGAAAGUUCACUGAACCUUAACCCAUUGACACCAAUGGCUCGGGAUUUCUUUGCCCGAAUAGAAAAGAUCGAGCCAGUUAAGUUUUCAACAGAAGAUUUUCUGUCCUUCCGAGAAGUAUUUGCAGAAGCUUGUUCUCAUGAUCACCUUAGGUUUAUAGGUACUGGCAUCAAAGUGUCUUAUGAACAAAGACAAAGGACUGCCUCUCGAAGUUUUAGUACUGAUUUAUCCAUUGGUAAUAUGGAGUUCCUGGAAUGCCUUUUUUCUACUGACUUUCAUUCCAAGCAGCCUCACUAUACAGAGCUGCUGACAUUUCAUUCUGAAGAAAGAAACGAUUCUCAUACUGUGCCAUGCCUUCAGCUGCAUUAUAAGCAUUCAGAUAAUAGAGGACCUCAGGGUAGUCAAGGGAGACUCAGUUCUGUACCACAGAAGGCAGAGUUACAAAUAAAGUUAAGUCCAGUAUUUUGUGAGCUGGAUAUUAGUAUUGUAGACAGAUUGAAUUCCUUACUUCAGCCACAGAAACUAACUACAGUGGAGAUGAUGGCAUCUCACAUGUAUGCUUCUUACAAUAAGCACAUAAGUCUGCAUAAAGCAUUUACUGAAGUUUUUCUGGAUGAUUCACAUACUCCUGCAAACUGUAGAGUUUCAGUUCAAGUCACUGCCCCAGCAUUAAAUCUCUCUGUUCGCUUCCCAAUACCUGACCUACGGUCAGAUCAAGAAAGAGGACCAUGGUUUAAGAAAUCACUUCAGAAGGAGAUUCUUCAUCUUGAAUUUACAGAUAUGGAAUUUAAAACUGAAUUUAUAGGAGGGUCAACUCCAGAACAAGUUAAAUUAGAGCUUACCUUUAAAGAGCUAACUGGUUCAUUUGAAGAAGAUAAUGCAGAAACACCAAUAAAAUUUUUUCAAGUGUCUGGUGGCACAGAUGGAGAUGUAACAUCGUCAUCAGACAAUUUUGACUGGCCUCGGAUUGUAUUGAAAAUAAACCCUCUGGCUGUGCACUCUAUUCUGGAAAGGAUAGCAGCUGAGGAGGAAGAAGGUGAUAAUAACUUUCAAGAGGAAGAAGAAGGAGGGUCUCAUUCUUUGAAGGAUGUCUGUGAUAUUAGAAGACCAGAGCCUUCUCCUUUUUCUUCUCGUAGGGUCAUGUUUGAAAAUGAAGAGAUGGUGAUGCCAGGAGAUGUAGUAGAAAUGACUGAGUUUCAGGAUAAAACAAUUAGCAAUUCUCAUUAUGUACUGGAACUCAUGUUACCAAACAUUCACUUAACAUUACCGAACAAAAGCUUUUAUGAAAAGCUUUACAACAGGAUCAGCAAUGAUUUAUUGUUGUGGGAACCCACAGCUCCAUCUCCUGUAGAAACAUUUGAAAACCUUUCUUAUGGUGUUGGACUAUCUGUGGCCAGCCAGCUCAUCAACACUUUCAGUAAAGACAGCUUUAGCCAAUUUAAAUCUGCAGUUAAUUAUGAUGAUGAGAGUGGAUCUGAGGAAGAAACACUACAGUAUUAUUCCACUGUUGAUCCAAACUAUCGUUCACGCAGAAGGAAAAAGCUGGACUCACAGAAUAAGAACUCACAAAGCUUUUUGUCUGUUCUGCUGAAUGUGACCCAUGGAUUAGUGUCAGUAUUCACAGAUGUAAAGGAUGAUGGAAAUACACUGGAAGGAAAGUACGGUGAAUUUUGGUUUGAGUUCAACAGUGGUUCCCUUUUCAGCGUGACUAAAUAUGAAGGCUUUGAGGACAGACACUAUGUGUGUCUCCAUUCUAGCAGCCUCAAUUUAUAUCAUCAAGGUUUGGUAGAUGGGGUUGUCCCUUCCUCUGAAGUACGACUGCCCAGCACAAUACGUCCCCAUUGGUUAGAACCUACUAUUUGUUUUUCUGAAGAAGAUGGUCUUAGCAGGACUACUUCAGAUGGUGUGGGAGUGGAUAGUCCAAGUAUGCUGACUGUUGCAGUCAAAAUCCAGUCAGAUAAAGUAGAGAGCAAUACAAAGGAAUUUCUAGUUGCUGUUGGAUUACGGGGAGCCACCCUUCAGCACAGAGUACUGCCUUCAGGUUUAAGCUGGCAUGAACAGAUUUUAUAUUUUUUAAAUAUUUCUGAUGAACCUGUUCUGGGAUAUAAUCCUCCAGCUACAAUUACAACUUUUCAUGUCCACCUAUGGAGUUGUGCUCUUGACUACAGGCCAUUGUUUUUGCCAGUCAGAUCUCUACUUACUGUUGAAACUUUCAGCAUUUCAAGCAGUGUUGCAGUAGAUAAAUCCUCUUCUACUCUCAGGAUAAUUUUAGAUGAAGCUGCUUUGCACUUGUCUGACAAGUGCAAUACUGUUAUGGUCAACCUCCAUAGAGAUUAUGUUCGUGUUAUGGAUAUGGGACUGCUGGAACUAACCAUUACAGCAGUAAAAUCGGAUUCUGAGGGAGAAAGAACCAAACCACGUUUUGAGCUGCACUGUUCCAGCGAUGUGAUCCAUAUUCGUACCUGCUCUGAUUCGUGUGCUGCACUAAUGAAUCUCAUACAAUAUAUUGCAAGUUAUGGUGAUUUACAUCCACCUGCUAAGACAGAGGUUAAACGUGGAGUUAGCAAGCCAAAAAUGAAGGUAGAGACCUUUAGCCAACCAUCUUCCCAUGGACCAGUCCUCGCUGAAUCAGAGCAACAGAUUCUACGGGAUUUGAUGAGUGAUGCAAUGGAAGAAAUUGAGACUCAACAGACUGCUUCUGCCAUGAAACCAGAAUCUAAUGGAGUUUUGGAUGACAGAUCUCACACUCAGGAACCAUCUUGCUCAGAUCUCUUCCUGUUUCCAGAUGAAAGUGGAAAUGUCUCACAAGAUUCAAGUCCCACUUAUGCUUCGUUCACUCAUCACCUCAUAAAUGAGGCCAUGGGAGAUGUUCCAGCAGAAAGUGAUGAUUUCUGCAUUCUUUUUGCACCCAAAGUUGCUGUUGCUGAAAAAGAGGAAGAACCAGUUAUAAAAAUAAUGGUUGAUGAUGCAAUUACCAUAAAGGAAAAUCAUUUCAGCCAACCUGUUAAAAAAACAGAUACAAGCAAAGCUCCUCUGCAUUUUCCUGUUCCUCUGGUACGCUAUGUUGUAAAGGAAAUAUCUCUUAUUUGGCAUCUUUAUGGUGGAAGGGAUUUUGGGACUGCACCACCAACAUCACCAGCUAAAAGUUUCAUAAGUCCCCAUAGUUCUCCUUCUCAUACACCAACAAGGCAUGGGCGGAAUACAGCAUGUGGGGGAAGAGGAAGAAACCCUGACUUCCUAAUGGAAAUACAGUUAAGCAAGGUGAAAUUCCAGCACGAGGUGUACCCUCCAUGUGGUGCAGAAGGUGAAUCCUGUCUGUUGGAGCAGCCAGUGUCCCGACAGGUUUUUAUUGUUCAAGACCUGGAGAUUAGAGAUCGCUUAGCUACAUCACAGAUGAAUAAAUUUCUCUAUCUCUACUGCAGUAAGGAGAUGCCCAGAAAAGCACAUUCAAACAUGUUAACAGUUAAAGCAUUACAUGUCCGUCCAGAGUCUGGCAGAUCCCCACAGGAAUGUUGUUUACGUGUUUCCCUAAUGCCACUUCGCCUCAAUAUUGACCAGGAUGCCUUGUUUUUCCUGAAGGACUUUUUCACUAGCCUUUCUACAGAAGUAGAACUCUUAGUUACUCCAGAUCCUGAAGUUAAAAAGUCUCCUGGUGCUGAAGUUACGUGUAGUUUGCCCAGGCACGUCAGCAGCCUUAAGGAACCGAGUCCAGUCAUUUCUUUCUCAUCACACAAGCAAGCAAAUGAAAAUGGUAGCAUUGACUCUAUGGAUGUGGUUAAUGGAGAUGAUGAUAAUUUCUCACAAGAAUCGACGUCAUACAGUGAUCAGCCAGUAUUUUUCAGGGAAUUUCGUUUCACAUCAGAAGUUCCAAUACGGCUUGAUUACCAUGGCAAACAUGUAUCAAUGGAUCAGGGAACAUUGGCUGGGAUUCUUAUUGGGCUUGCUCAGUUGAACUGCUCAGAAUUAAAGCUGAAGAGACUUUGUUACAGACACGGUUUGUUAGGUGUGGAUAAAUUGUUCUCCUAUGCCAUCAGUGAAUGGCUUAAUGAUAUAAAGAAAAACCAGCUACCAGGAAUUUUGGGAGGAGUAGGACCUAUGCAUUCUCUAGUGCAGUUAGUCCAAGGUCUGAAGGACUUGGUGUGGUUGCCGAUAGAGCAGUACCGGAAGGACGGACGUAUCGUCAGGGGCUUUCAAAGAGGAGCAGCUUCUUUUGGUACUUCCACUGCAAUGGCAGCACUGGAGCUGACAAACAGAAUGGUUCAGACUAUACAGGCAGCUGCAGAAACUGCAUAUGACAUGGUAUCACCAGGGCCUACCUUUAUUGAAGCAAAAAAGAUCAAGCGAUUCCCUCGCCAUCGUUUAGCUCAUCAGCCAGUAGACCUACGGGAAGGUGUAGCCAAAGCCUACAGUGUCGUAAAAGAGGGUAUUACGGACACAGCCCAAACCAUCUAUGAGACUGCUGCUCGUGAGCAUGAAAACAGAGGAGUAACUGGAGCAGUAGGAGGAGUCCUCCGCCAAAUCCCACCAACUGUGGUGAAACCUUUCAUUGUUGCAACAGAGGCAACCUCAAAUGUUCUAGGUGGAAUGAGAAACCAGAUCAGGCCAGAUGUGCGUCAAGAAGAGUCUCAGAAGUGGCGCCUUGGGGAGGAUUGAGAUUGUAAAUCUGGCUCAGCACACAGGUAGCAAGGCUGGAGGAAUGUCCUGUUGGCAGCUUUAGAUGGAGCUCACUUUUUGUCAUGCUCAUCUCAGGAACAAAUGAGGUUUUCAACUGUUAUUCACAAAACAUCCAACCAAAAAUAUUUAUGAGGUGAAAAGCAAAUUGGUACGUGCUCAUACUGUGUUACCAAUACAUUUGGUAGAUAGUGCCAAACGUAGUGAAGCAUGCGCUGCCAACUCAGAGACAUGCUUGCUCUGUUCCAUUUACCAUAUUUUUCUUGGUACAUUUAACAUCUGAAACAGUAGCCUAUAUGGUGAAGCUAAGUGGACUUUAAAGAAGUUUUCUGAGCAUAGUCAAAGAACUGUCUUCAAUAAAGGGCUCUGCAGAUGCUCUUCACUGACUAAAGAAUAAAAACCUUCAUUGUGGACAUGUGACAUGAAGGCUGUGUAAUAUGGAAGCAGAUAAGAUAAUACUGUUUAGUGGUCAUAAGCAUCGCUUUUAGCGUGGCACUUACAGCAAGGACAAGAUUGAUAACCAUUCAGAGUUUAGAUUCAGUGUUGAUACACCUCCAAACAGGAUUUGGUCCUAAAUAUUAAAUACCUACUUUUGUGGGUUUUGAAGAACCUGAAUGUUGCAGAAAUGUUCUGUUGUGUUGCACUUUAAAAGAUAUGGCCUGUAUAUUGUGCUUUUUUUAUAGUGUGAAUAAAAUGUAAUGUGCAUUAUCCUUUAUGUGGUUUAGAAGCUUACACAAAUUAUUGAAAAGAGCAUCAUUUGAUGAUGAUCCUACAGAAAAGUGUCUUAAAUUUAUUUAAACUCAUUAUAUGUUAAAACAUUUUUUGUCUUCUGUUAUACUAACUACAAUGCUAAAAAUACGUGUUCUUCAAGAAAACAGGAGUUGAUUUUAAUUGUGGCCAACAGUUUUUUAUAAGAAUGAAAAAUCAUAAGUAAAAAUGAAUUAUUUCAUGAUUUCAUAGUUAAAAGGCUAUACAGACUUUAUUUUAAUACUCUGCUUUUGUUUAAAGUUCAUAUUGUUGCAAAGCUGCAGCUCUCACAAGAUAUUUUUAAUUUAGAUUGUGUGUCAGUUAUUUGGAAAUGAGUAUUGGGGGACGUUUAAUUGGAACUUGGAAUGGGUGAGAGGAUUUAAAAAAAGGACAGCAAAACUUCAAGAAUCAAAGUUGGUACUGACAUUAUUUAGUAUUUAGUAGGUGACCAGGGUCUCCACAGAGCUUUAUUAAGCACCUGACAUUGCACCAUUUUGGGGCAGUUAAAAGGCUUGGCACUAGCUGUGCAAUAAUUAACUUCUUUUAUCUUAUAUUAGCAAAAACUGGAGGCUAAAAAGUAAAGACUCUUUUCAAUACAAAAAUACUCACUUUGAAUUUCAACAGGUUAAACUUCGAAUGACUAGCCAGGAUGUAAGUUUGUCAUAGUCCUGUGCUAAUAAUAAGUGGAAAUUCUGCCUAUAUGCCAUGUGGAAAAUCUCCACUGAAAGGGAGACAUCAAAUGCUAUUGAUCAGACUUCAGUCUCUAAGGGUAAAGAAGAAGUAGUUUACCUCUCUUUUAUUUAAUAUCUGCCAAUAGCAUGACAAACAGGAGUGUAUGAAGGAAAAUAAUUGUUGCUUGUUCAUGCUGAUACUAUACUCCUUAUUCCUGAACACCAAAGAAUCUGCCUGGAGGGUAAAGGAUUUGAAAAUGUCCCCUCUGCUGGGAAGACUUUUGCAGUAUGCUUUAUUAUUUUUCAUAAAAAAAAGUUCCAGUUAAAAGCAAAUUCCUUCAUUGGGUGUCAGGUGAUAUUACAAAGGUUUGUUUCCAAUUGCUGGAAUUGUCUAAGUUGUGAUACACUUUGAAGACCUGGUUAUUUCAGUUAAAAGACUUGCUGCAAGCAGGAGGAGAUACUUUUGAGAGGAUGAAGACCUGCAGAUUUAAUGACAUGAAGUAUUUUUUGAUGUAAAAAUGCUUGCUGCAGUGCAUACUUUUGUCCAGUAAGUAGAGAGCUCUGCUUUAGUGAGAGCUCAAAGUGUGAGAAUUUUUGCACAGGAAUGAGUUCCAUGUUUGCAAUGUGGCACCUCCUGAAUACCUUCUCAAGAAGUGGUGAGGAGUCAAUGCAAGUAAGUAGCAAUGCAUCUUUUUCAUUUGCAAUUACCAUACUAUGUAAUUUCAGCUAGUCCAGUUCAUCCAGUUAGAGUACACUGCAAUAGUAUAACUCUACAUAUUUUCUUCCUUUUUGACAUUGCUGAGAAGGAGCAGUGGCAUUUCAGUGUUCUUUUAAUUUUCAAUUCUGUCAAUUGAUUGUACUGCAAGGCAAUUAGAAUAUAUUUUUAUAUGAGGGCAUGGUGUCAAGUAAAACAUUUUUAUAGCGUGUCUCUCAUUGUCAGCAAUACAGAUUGUAUGAAUUUAUUAAACUUCACUUUUCACUAUGUAAA